AUGGCUGUAGCCAGUGCAAGGUACGGCUGCAACGAGCAGCACCCAACAUGUAACAACUGCGAGCGCCGACAAAUCUUUUGCGACUUCUCCUUAUCGCCUGGGGCCAGUAAUUCUCCUGGUAAUGGCGAACAUGGACAACAGCUCGAACGCUCGACCUCAGGCAGUAUUAGUCAAAGGACGCCAUCACAGGUAGCGGCCGACCUUUUCAAGCAGCCGGAUCUUGUGAGCACGAAGAGCACCACCGAUUUGGAUGUUACAGAUCUUCGGUUGAUGCAUCACUUCUCCAGUGUCGUGGCUCUUGAUCUUGCCAACGACCGAACACCAGAGGCACGAGCCUUAUGGCAAGUGCAUGCUGUUGAACUCGGAUUCAAGCAUCAUUUCUUACUCCGAGGCAUACUGGCAGUGUCGGCUUUUCAUCUGGCUUUUUUGCACCCGGAGAGGAUGGCAGAGUAUGCUGUGAUCGGAAGCUCUCAUCAAAGCAUCGGACUGAACGACUUUCAAGCAACGUUACCCCAUGUGAAUGGAACCAACUGUCAUGCGCUUUUCGCCUUUUCCUGCCUGAUUAUUGUUCUGGCAUUCGCUUCUAGCACAAAGGCUAAAGCGAGAGAUCUGAACAGCGAGGUUCUACACUGGUUUUAUCUCCUGAGAGGUGCGAAUAUUGUGCUGAAUAUGCACUUCGAAGCACUUCGAUCUAGUUUCCUUAAACCCUUAUUGGAUGAGAUGGCACAUAUCGAGAACACCGCCGCCUACCGAUUUCCUCACACCGAACAGAUCACCAAGUUAUUCCGGAUUUGCAACUCGAAAGAACAAGACCCAGAAUCUGCUCAGGCUUAUGACCUAGCCAUCCAUUCUUUGCUCAGUACGUUCAUUCAGGUGUCCUUACUCAGAGACCGUGGCGAAGGAACUGUUCUCGCUACCUUUGUCUGGCCAAUCAAUCUCUCACCACGAUUCUUAGAUCUCCUGGAAGAAAAACAGCCCGAAGCCAUCAUUAUCCUUGCCCACUAUUGUGUGCUUAUUUAUUGGUCAGAGACCACAGAUUCUAAUGAGAAGACCUGGUUUAUCGUGGGCUGGGCAAAGUAUAUGCUGGAAUCCAUCCGAGAGAUCGUGCCUGAGGCGUGGCAAGAACACCUAGAGUGGCCACAGGCGAUGAUCGUUGAAUGA